GUCACCUUUAUAUAUAUAUAUAUAUUUUUUUAAUUACCUUUGUAUGUUGCAAGUAUGGUGUUAUCCUUUACACAGCACGUGCUGCAGGUUGUUUCAACCCGGCGUUGAAUUUAGGUGUUGCGUAGACACACAACACACAAUAACUGUCCGAUAGUUGCCGACGCUAUGAAAAGCCACCUGGAUCACUAAGAUAGUCCCCUCGGCAUCCGUUGUCAACCGAGCCUGUUUGAGAUUUGUCACACCCCGAAAUAAUGUCGCAAGCGCCGAUCUACGCUCACCUUUCCGCGGCAUUGGUCAACGGACAUGAAUUUGCGACCAUGAUAUUCAGGUAGAGCAACGACACCCAGCAUGCUGGUAUCACAUUCCCAGGCUGCUUUGCGGCGGGCCUGCAAUCUGGUUCGCUCUCCAAAACCAUCGAAACGUUUCCAGUCUACCGGUUCCAAUCCCGGAAAGACAGCGAAGGCGGACGAGGCAUCGGCGAUUACACCAGGUGCUCCCCCGACUCCAGGUGAUGCGCCGACAAUACCUCUUUCGCUAUGGCAAAGGCUCGGGCCCGUGACAGUUGCCGCGAAUGCUUUCACUAGAGCGAACAAGAAGCGGCCGUGGGUGACGCAGGUCUGCAGUUCCUUGGUCAUCUACCUUCUCGCGGACUUGAAUGCGCAGAGAAUCGGCGGCAAAGAGUAUGACCCAGUAAGAACUCGGAACAUGCUCAUUACUGGUGCCGGUUUCUCAAUCCCUGGUUACGAGUGGUUCAAAGCCCUCGGCGGAUGGUUUACCUUCUCCUCCAAACCCCUCUCCGUCGCGACUCGAGUUCUCUUCAACCAAUUCACCUUUGCGCCCCUCAUCAACAUAUACUUCUUUACAAUGCAGGCGCUGUUGACUGGCGCAGAUCCGGUGGAGAGGGUGGCCGAGAAGGUGCCCAUCACUUGGCUGAAUAGUUGGAUUGUCUGGCCAUCAGUCAUAGCAUUUAAUCUCGCUUAUGUGCCGAUCCAGUUCCGAGGCAUCGUUGCAGGCGGUGUUAGUGUAUGUUGGCAAACGUAUUUGAGCAUUCAGAACAAGAAGGCCGAGAUCUUCGAGGAAGCAAAAAGGAGGGCUGCAGAGUCGACAAUAGAACUCGGGGCACUGGCGGCGGCCUCCUGAACGUUGAGGUCACAGGAGUCUUAAAUGAAUACCGAACAGAAGGACCCCCUCUGGGAACUUCCUUUUUCUUUUCUUUUUGCAUGGGAUAGAUAUAGAGUAUAUAACGCAUUGUUUCGCACUACGAAACGAGCGGUAGGACGCAAAGAAGGGGUAUUGUUCCUGCCACUGAGUCUUAAUUGAGGUUCACUUGUAUAAUUGUGUCUUCACUGUGACUUGACCCUGGUGUUAUCAUAGCUCUCCAGUCACAGCUAUGUGUACAUCGGACCAUUUCGUUUUGGGAGGGGGCGUAUGGGCGGUACGUACGGAGUACAUACAUAGUGCAGGUUUCAGAUUGCGAAGAACUACCCGACGCCUUCCAGGGGAUACCUACAUAACUUAGCGAAGUUGGCCUGGACUGGCAAAAGUCUGUGGGGC